AUGAAGGCCUCCGUCAUCGUAUCCAUUUUCCCCGCCCUCGCCGUGGGCGCAAACGUCUGCGACUUGUAUGAUAAGUGCUACUGCACCAACAGCGACGGAACGCCUGCGUCCGACGAUAUCCAGACGCAGGCCUGCCUCCAGUACGGAGCCGACAACAGGGGGUCUGACACACCCGGCCCCGGCAAUAUGACGGCCACGUUGGAAGACAACAUAGUCAAGUGCGUCGGCAACGUGGUCGAGGCCGGUAACGUCUUCCACCUCGACAACUGCGAGUACGCUAAGGAAUGCGCCGCUAAGGGCGCUUCUGGCACGCCGAUUUGCGAGGGAAUCUAUUAUUUAACACCAGGAUGGUGA